AUGUUUGGAGUAAAAUCAAUCAUGUCUUUGGAUAUAAGACUCAAACGAGUGAACAAACUGUACAGCGAAGGCGUAAGUAUUGGUGGGCAUGUGUUGGCCAUCACCACAAUUGAUCCGCAAACACAACUAAAUGUGUUAACACUUGAUCUGUUGACGGGAGUCGUGGUGUUUGAGUCGCGGUCUGAGGCCCGACACGAGGGCAUAGUAUUGGCCAUUGAAGGCAAUGUCAAUAUGCAGUUGAGCUCUAAAAAUGUGGGCAUUUUUGAAGCUUUUUAUAACUCGGUUAAGCCCGUACCGCUCAUCAGUUACAGCGUUGAGAUCGCAAAAAGUGGUAAAUUACCCGCCGGUAAGACUGAGAUCCCGUUUGAACUGCCGGUGCGGCCGAAGACCAACCGAUGUCUUUACGAGACAUAUCACGGCGUGUUUAUCACUAUUCAGUACUUAAUCAAAUGCGAAAUCAAGCGACCGAUGCUUAAUAAAGAUCUCCAAAAAGUGGUUGAAUUUAUUGUUGAAUACCGAAAACCAUUGGAAAUACAGCCGUCGAUGGAUAAGGCGGUGAACUUUUUAAUUACACCGGAAUCGCUUCAGAAUGUGAAAGAUAGAUCAAAGAUUCCUCGAUUCCGUAUAAGCGGUCACUUGGAUUCAACGGUCUGUAAAAUAACGGAACCGUUCACUGGAGAGCUAUGUGUGGAACAGUGCGAUGCCGUCAUCCGAAGCAUUGAAUUACAGUUAGUCCGCGUCGAGACCUGUGGAUGUGCUGAAGGAUACGCCCGCGACGCGACUGAAAUUCAAAACAUCCAAAUAGGAGAGGGAAAUGUGUGUCGAGGGGUUGUUAUCCCUAUUUAUAUGAUAUUUCCCCGACUAUUCACAUGUCCUUCGCUCACAACUAAUAACUUUAAAAUCGAAUUUGAAGUGAAUGUCGUUAUUAUACUGGAGAACAAUCACUUGAUUACUGAAAAUUUUCCAAUAAAAAUGAUUCGUUACUCUAAUAAUGAUUUGUAAUAUAAUAUAUUAUAUUUAUGUUUUAUAAUGAAUUUAUUAAGAUUUUAAUUUAAUAAAUAUCUAUUUAUAAUU